UUCUAGUCCUUGUUCCAGUCAGAUUGCUGAUCUCAGGUUUGAUAGUAUGAAGGACGUGCAGGGUGUCCAUCAGCUCGCUACUUACUUGACUAUUCAAGAUCCUGCUAGCCAAAGGUUAACUUGGAAUAAGUCACCCCUCAGUGUGUUGGUCAUCAAGAAAGUGCAGGACACUUCAGUCAUUCAGCCUUUUAUAGAUUUGGUCAGUUGGCUGAUCUAUGAUAAGCAAAUGGUUGUGUCCGUAGAAGCAUCCGUACUUGAAGAUGUGCAGCUGAGAAAUAACACUUACUUUAGUCCCUUCAGAGAUAAACUUUGCACCUUCAGAGAAGGUAAAUGGAAUAUCUUUCGUCAAAGCGUUCCUCCAGUUAUGGCCUUUCAUAUGGGUUCGCUAGGUUUCCUUGCACCAUUUGAGUUUGCCGAUUUUCAGGAACAAGUUAGUAAUGUGUUAGAAGGACACGCAGCUCUAACUCUACGUAGCAGGCUCCGAUGUAUCAUAAUGAGGAAGAACAGUGAACCGCUGGACAAAAAAUCCCAUUCCAGUUUCUUGGUAUUGAAUGAGGUAGUGGUUGACAGAGGGCCUUCUCCUUACCUGUCAAAUAUUGACUUAUUUCUGGAUGGAAAACAUAUUACCACAGUUCAGGGAGAUGGAUUGAUAGUUUCCACUCCGACAGGCAGUACAGCCUAUGCUGUGGCUGCUGGGGCAUCUAUGAUUCAUCCCAGUGUACCAGCCAUCAUGGUUACCCCUAUAUGUCCACAUUCCCUUUCUUUCAGGCCUAUUGUCGUACCUGCAGGGGUUGAAUUAAAGAUUAUGGUGUCACCAGAUGCUAGGAACACAGCAUGGGUGUCAUUUGAUGGCCGACAUCAGCAACAGUUGAAAAUAGGCGAUAGUCUGCGAGUGACCAUGUCUGUCUAUCCUUUACCAUCCAUCUGUGCCCAUGACCAAAUCAGUGAUUGGUUUGACAGUUUAGCCGAGUGUCUUCACUGGAACGUGCGUAAGAAACAACGGCAGUUUGACGAGUACUCUGACCUUAUCCACAGCUCUAGCAAUGACACGAUAGAUUCCUUGGACAGAUCCGAUCAAAUAGACAGUGAGGUCUAAUUGCCCAAGGAGCUACGACCAUUUUUCACUACAUCUACAGAAAGUUAUAUCUGUCACACAACAUUUAUUUUUCUAUCUAGGUCUAAUUGCCCAAGGAGCUACGACCAUUUUUCACUACAUCUACAGAAAGUUAUAUCUGUCACACAACAUUUAUUUUUCUAUCUAGGUCUAAUUGCCCAAGGAGCUACGACCAUUUUUCACUACAUCUACAGAAAGUUAUAUCUGUCACACAACAUUU